GUCGAUAUUAAAUUAGCCGCGCCACUGUCACCUUCGUUACUUUGGUGCGUUUGACGUGGUUGUGUUGUCGGCACUUUUUCCUUCUUUCACUAGCGUACGGCAAAAUGGCUGAUCAGACAGAGCGAGCUUUUCAAAGACAACACGGCAUUAACGUGAACCGCAAAGCCGGGCUCAAGAAGAAGGUGCUGAGGCUGUCGAGGAAUGUAGGCUUGGGGUUUAAGACCCCUCGUGAGGCCAUCGAGGGUUCGUACAUUGACAAGAAAUGUCCAUUCACUGGAAAUGUUUCCAUCAGAGGACGAAUCUUGACUGGAGUUGUGCAGAAAAUGAAGAUGCAGCGCACUAUUGUUAUCCGGCGUGAUUAUCUUCACUACAUUCGCAAAUACAACCGUUUUGAGAAGAGACAUCGCAACAUGUCGGUGCAUUUAUCGCCUUGCUUCAGGGAUGUAGAAAUUGGGGAUGUUGUAACAAUUGGGGAAUGCCGACCCUUAUCUAAAACUGUCAGAUUUAAUGUACUAAAGGUUACAAAAGGCAGUAGCUCGAAAAAGAGCUUCAAGAAAUUUUAAUGUUACAACCGGAAAAUAAAUAAGUUUUCUAUAUAGAAA